AUGCUUCAAAACACAUCAACAACACAUUCCGAGAGUGAAAGAAAAUUCGUUGGCAAACUGAUCAGCUCCCAACAACAAUCCCAGCAAUAUGCUGAUGAGAAUUUAAAGAGCAAAGCCCGAUCACUCAUUCCUGUGGAUCGCAUUCAUCAAAAUGCGCAAGAAAAAUUUAAGUUUGCAAAGGAGCGAGAUCCGAACUCUAAGCCCCUUUUAGAGCGAAUGAUCAUUCAAGAAUUAUUAAAUUGGUUUAAAGGAGAGUUUUUCAAGUGGGUAAAUAACCCUCCAUGUGAUUAUUGCCAAUCGACACGAACGCAGCUUACAGGAGGUACAGUUCCGAAUUUUGAGGAGUCAGCCAAUUUGGCUGGAAUGGUUGAACUAUAUUCAUGCCAGGAUUGUAACAAGAUGACUCGUUUUCCGAGAUAUAAUUAUGUUGGAAAAUUAUUGGAAACAAGAAGAGGAAGAUGUGGUGAAUGGGCUCAAUGUUUCACUUUGUGUGCAAGGGCUCUUGGCUAUGAUUCACGUUUUGUGUUAGAUUGGACUGAUCACGUGUGGACUGAAGUAUUUUUGGAUGGUUCUUGGGUCCAUUGCGACAGUUGUGAAGGUGUUUUAGAUUCUCCACUCAUGUACGAAUCUGGAUGGCAGAAGAAAUUAUCCUAUGUAAUUGCAUUCUCGGUGGAAGAAGUUGUUGAUGUAACGAAACGUUACACUCAACACUUUUAUGACAAUGAAUUUCAAAAAAGGAGAAGGGAUGUUGGAAUCAGUGAAGAAUUUCUUUUAGAGACAUUACGAAGUCUGAAUAGCCAACUUCAAAUAUAUUUACCUCCAUACAGAGCUACUUUUAUUAAGAAAAAACAGGAAAAAGAAAUGGAAGAAUUAGAAAACAAACAAAAGCAAAGCAUUAGUGAAGAUGAUCUAAAAGAUGAAGAAAAAAGAGGAAGAAUCUCUGGUUCUCAGGAAUGGAGAGAGGCAAGAGGAGAAUCUGGAAAGCAGUGUGAGCCUGGAGCUAGCUGUUCUGUACCCCAAUUCGCAAUGGACAAGUCAAUAACUGAAACGCUAGAGUCGUUUUCUCAUGUCCAAGAUAUUAUCACGAGCAAGAGAAACUCCAUUAUUUGUUUAGGAUCGAGUAAGAUUGUCAAUGACAACAUUGUCUUAACUGAAGACAAAACUGAUCAAGUUGGCAUGGCCGUACUGAACGAAGAGUUCGCAUUGAACGAAGAUGUGUUGAUAUCAUUCAAGUUUUUAGUUAGAAAAGCUUCAGGUACAGGCGCUGACGGAUUUGCAUUUUUGUUGCAUUCAAAUCCACAAAACAAUUUGGGUAUGGGCGGAUCAGGCCUGGGUUAUGAAGGCAUUCCAAACUCUAUUGCCAUAGAGUUUGAUACAUAUCAAACAGUUGAUAGAACGAGAGAUCCAAAUUCAAAUCAUAUUUCUAUUCAAACUAGAUAUAAUCAACCAAAUUCAGCUAACCAUGACUAUUCAUUAUGCUGUCCAAGCCAUCUCCCUAUUACGAUUGGUGAUGGCUUACCUCACACAUGUAAAAUAUUAAUUCAAAACAAUAAGCUUACUGUAAUCUUGGAUGACAAGUAUUUGUUCCUUAAGGAUUUUGUCAUUGAUUUUCAGCGAAUAUUAGGCAAUGGCGGAAAAUUCAAAAUCGCUUUCACAGGCGCAACUGGAGGUCUUUCAGAAGAGCACACUAUUUUAAGUUGGACUGUUUCAUACAAGACACCAAAAUCCAACAAUGAACAUUCAGGCAAAAGGUCUCUAUCACUGGAUAGUUAUAUUCUCUUUGAACAGGGUAAUGUUUCAGGAAUUGAGAAGAAAUUCAGAGAGUUUUGUGCACUUGAGUCUAGUACAAGCAUUUCAGAACAACAAAUUCAAAAUUUGCUGAACCUUUCAUCGUGGAAGAUGGUUGAUUGUAGCUUGGCUAUAUCAAUAAUCAAGCAAUGGAAAUUUGAUCAUCUGUUUCCCGUGAUAGACUUGUUAAGAUUGGCUGUCAUCAACAACAAAGCAGUAGCUCAAACAUUUAGCAAGUUGUUUAUUCAGAAUCAAAAGGAUCAUUUACUUCUAAGUAUUUUCGAUAGGCUAAAGGUUGCAAACGAGACAAAUAGCUAUUCAUACUGCCUUUUGACUCUUCGACUCUUGAACAACAUGUUUACGGAGAAACUAAGCAGGGUUUAUGUGAACAAAUUCUCAGAAACCAUAUUGGAACAGCUUUGUGAAAACAAACUCUUCUCUGCGCAUUCGAACAAAGCCUCUGUAAGGAAUGUUUGGAUCACCACCUUCUUUAAUUUGUCUCUACUUUUUACAAAAGAGCUUCCAUCCGAAGAAAUGACGUUGAGACUGUUCAAUAUUGUAUAUGAGUUUUUAGAAAAGGAAUGUACAUUGAGAGAAGAUAUAGACGAAUCUUGUUGUGUGAUGGCUUUGAAAGCAUUCAUGGUACUUUUGAAAAUUGGUUCAACAGAUUCUCUCAAAGAAGAGAGUAUGCUUCAUGGUUUGGCUUUGAGCAUGAAUCUUGCUCAACUUCUUACCCAACAACUAGCCACAAAAUUUAGUGACACUCAAACGCAUGCCCAACUCCAUGAUUUUAUCCACACUUUAAUGCAGCACUUGGAGUAG